AUGGAAGUGAACAAGCCCGGUUUAGAGAGGAUGGUUGUGUAUGAUUUUAUCUCGGUUCUUAAAUAUUUAAAUAUGAAAGAUAAGAUGUGUCUUAGAGCAGUAAAUACAAAUCUUCACAGUCGGAUUAACCAGCUAGAGGACACCUUUAAGGUUUGGAGUGUUGGUAAAGUUAAUUCUGCCAAGCUCAUGAGAGUGGCAGAUGAAAUACAAAUCAUUGAAGACCUUACACUGAAGCUCUCAAGCAACAAUGUUGGACAUGCUUUUGUGCAUUUGAUUGAAAAUCAUCCAGAAAUUCAUACUCUGGAUUUAUCCCUGCAUGUCCAAGGGGCACUUCAAAGUGAUUUCAUCUUGCUUGCAAUAUUCUCAUGCAUGGAUCAGCUAAAAUAUUUACACAUUCGCAAUCUACCAGGCAAAGGAGAAUUAUUGGAAAGUGUGCGUAUCUCAUCCAGCUUGGAGAAUCUUCUUCUCAGCAACUGCAAUCACCUUUCAAACAAAGGAUUUACACUUAUCCUGAGAAAUUUCUGUAGUGGUCUGAAAUUGCUGAUAUUGCAUCGUGUAAGCGUUUCUACACUACGAGUUAAGAAGGGAGAGAAAAUUCUUCCUAUGAUAGAGAAACUGGUGCUAAAUGAAUGCUUCAAUUUGAAUGACGCUAGGCUAAGUGAAAUUCUGGCAACCUGUGGAACCCAAAUUAAGGAGUUGAGAAUAAUAAAAUCUGGUCAGAUUAAGGAUAUGGUCGUCAAGCGUGAUUUGAAAAUAUCUUUUCCGUCCCUUGAGAUACUUAAGAUUAAAAGAUGUGUUAAUAUGACCGAAAACGGACUUAAUAAUAUACUGAGAAUGUCUGGAAGUGAACUUAAAGAAUUGAGUUUAUGUGGGAUGAUGAUAAAUGGAAAAGAGUUUGAUGAAAAGGUGAAAUCGUUCCCAAAACUUAAAUUUCUGAAUUUGAAAAAUUGUAUGAAUGUUGAUGACGCUGGACUCAGUCAAAUACUGGCAUCUUGUGGAACCAGCCUUGAGGAGUUAAAUAUACAAAACUUAAAGAAGAUCAAGAAUAUUAAUGGGAAGCAUGAUUUGAAAAUAUCAUUUCCAUGCCUUGAGAUAUUAUGUCUGGAUGGAUGUAGUAACAUAACGGAUAAAGGACUGUAUAAUAUAUUAAGAAUGUGUGGAGGUAAACUUACGGAAUUGUAUUUAGUUGGAAGUUCAUUCAUCCGUGGACAAAACUUUAUGCAAGAGGUUAAGCCUUUUCCCAAACUUGAAAUAUUGGACAUGCACUCCUGUGGUUAUGUAACCCAUGAAAACCUUCAUGAGAUGUUCAAUGUUCUUGGAGGUAGUAUCCGAGAACUUCAUUUAAGUUCAGACAGGGUUGAUUUAUUGUGCUUGGAUGGGUGUCUCAAGUCUCUCUCUAAACUAGAAAUCCUGCACUUGGAGAACUGUCUCAUGAUUCGCCCGAGUAGGUUCCAACAGGUCUUCGACAUGGUUGGUAAAAAAGUCAAGACCUUGUCUAUCUCAAAUGUUUACAGCAAUUUUUCAUCUGAAUUCGAAGAGAAGAUGAGACUAACCUACCCUCAACUGGAGCUCACUGUUUCAAGACUGGAGGAGGAUCCUUUGAAGGAUUUCCCAUAA